UACACUUCUGCUGGAGCUACGUAGCUGUUAGGCUGCAGAGAAAAUGGGAGUCUGGUUGGCCCAUUCAGUCAAUUACUUUAAUUUUGACUCAAUUCAUUCCAUUUCUUCAGAAAAAAAGUAGUAGCACUUCCCAGAGGCUUGUCAGGAGCUGGAGUCCCACUGUGAGAAACUCUCUACUACACGUUUGAUGUCAAGCUAUUCUGGUUGGAUUAUAAAGCUCUUUAGCUCCUGGUGCUAACCUAAUGCAGUUCCACAGCAGCCUCUGACUUGACCCUGGAAGUCACUGUUAACACUACAUUUACAUCAUCUGCUUUUAGACAGUGGAGCAACCGGAAAAAGCAGCAGAAGUCCCUCAUGAUCCUGUGAGUCCAGUGAGAUUUUGUGGGCCAGUGCUAUAAAAGCACAUUCUCUGGCUGCCUGCAGGCAAGAUGCUCAGGCUGAUGGUACUAGGGCAUUGCUCUAUAUUUCAGGCAAAAGUUCUCUGCUUCUGUUGGGCUGCUUUUCAUAUGUCGGCUGGUGGUGAAUUUCAGAUCACUUUGUUAGUGUUGCUGUAGCAUUGGUGUUAAUGAGUUUGAACUAGAGACCGCACAUCUACUGAAGAGCUCCUUACCCUCAGAUGGUUUUCUUGUUGUCUGAGGGCAGUGAGCACCAUUCAUUUGACUAUGGUAGGCAUCUACCUUUGGGGGAGAUGAAUUGCCUUCUGGCAGUGCCUGUUUCCCUCCAGUGAGCGGUGGGAGCCCAGACAAGCAGCAGAGAUGCAGCUGUCUACACGGCAGAUACCUACAGCCAGGCGAGGUGACUAUGAAGAGCAGUCCUUGCCUGUGUUUUGGAAAGUGGCUAGAAGAGUUUGGUGGUGGGAUGUGUUGGAUCUGAUAGUGGAACUUGGACAGGACAAAGAUGUUGCCUUAGGAAAAUGAGGAACAGCAGCUUCCUUAGACCUUCUACAUUGCUUCUAACCAGAAUGCCAGGAAUGGCAGGUGGGAACAUGUGGAUUGCUAUGCCUUUCUGCUGCAUGUACCUUAUUUCCAUCCUAGGCAAUAGCACGGUUCUCUUGGUCAUCAAGGCAGAGCGCAGCCUCCACAAGCCCAUGUACCUCUUCCUCUCCAUGUUGGCUGUGGCAGAGCUUGGGGUGUCUCUGUCUACGCUCCCCACGGUGCUGAGCGUGCUGCUCUUUGAUUCACGGGAGAUCGGGUUUGAUGCCUGCCUCACUCAGAUGUUCUUCAUUCACUGCUUUUCCAUCAUGGACUCAGGGGUGCUGUGGGCCAUGGCCUUCGACCGCUUCGUGGCCAUCUACAGCCCCCUGCAAUACGCAUCUGUCCUGACCAACCCACGGAUAGGCCUCAUUGGGCUGGGGCUCACCAUGAGGAGCGUGAGCGUCUCGAUCCCCUUGCCGAUACUUCUGAGGAGGCUGCCAUUCUGCAGAUCCCAUGUGCUGGCUCACUCCUUCUGUCUGCACCCCAACUUAAUCCAGCUGCCAUGUGCACACGUCGAGGUGAACAGCAUGUACGGCUUAUUUGCCCUGCUGGCCACAUUUGGGCUCGACUCCCUGUCUAUUGUGCUGUCUUAUGUCAUGAUCAUUAAGACUGUGCUGAGCAUUGCAUCCAAGAGAGAGCGCCUCAAGGCCCUAAACACCUGCGUCUCUCAUAUCUGUGCUGUGCUGAUUUAUUACAUCCCGAUGAUUGGCUUAUCCAUGGUGUACAGGUUUGGGAAACAUGCGUCUCCUCUGAUCCAUGUCCUCAUGGCCAAUAUCUACCUUCUUGUCCCCCCUGUGUUAAACCCCAUCGUUUACAGUGUGAAAACUAAACCAAUCCACAGAGGUAUAUGCAAACUACUAACUCCAAAGUGGCACUGAUAUAAUACACAGCAUAUCCAAGAGAUUUUGCACGUGGUAAAACAGCUGGGGAAUACUAGUUUAGAGGCUGUCUGCUCCACCUUGUCAUCCAUGUGCCUCUGGAGGGUCCUGAAUUUUUAAACU